AGCGUCUCUCCAUGGUAACGUCAGAGCGGUACGAGCUGUGGCUCAGAUCUCAUAUGAAAGAGUAUUCUGUCACGUCGCAAGACGUAAGGGAGUAGAGUACGGAAGCAGGGCUUCAGACCUCCGUGACUUGUCUUCAGUUCAGCAGCACCAGCAAAUGCAUCUGCAACCAAUCGUAGAUCAAGUUUUUGGAUCAAGCUCUGAUUGGGAUAUUUUUCAGGAUGAAUUUGGCCGAGAUUUGUGACAACACGAAAAAAGGAAGGGAAUAUGCACUGCUCGGGAACUAUGACUCUUCAAUGGUGUACUACCAGGGUGUUCUACAGCAGAUCCAAAAGCACUGCCAGUCUCUUCGAGAUCCUGCAUUAAAGGUCAAAUGGCAACAGAUUAAACAGGAGCUGGUGGAGGAAUAUGAACAGGUAAAAAGCAUUAUAAAAACUCUGGAGAGUUUCAAGAUGGAUAAGCCUGUCGAUCUUCCCAGUUCUCGACCGGAGGACUACAUGAGGGACCCUGCUGUGUGGCCACCUCCCACCCCUGCAGAACACAGACCACCUGCUCAGGUGAAGAGGCCAAACACUGGUGUGAAGGCCCAGCGUAAGGACUGUCCUGGCAUCCAGCACCGGGGUGCUGCAGGAAAGGGACAGCCAAAUUCUAGAUCAGACAGACCUGCUGGCCGUGACCUGCGCAAUCCUAAAGUUAAAGAAGAGAAGGGUAAGAAUGCCCAGGAGGGGGCAACAGAAGGAGAGUUAAAGAAAUUUGAUGAUACUGGUUACGACAGUGACUUGGUUAACGCUUUGGAGAGAGACAUCGUGUCAAGAAAUCCUAAUAUCCACUGGAACGAUAUAGCAGACCUGGAGGAUGCCAAGAAACUUCUGCGGGAAGCUGUAGUUUUGCCAAUGUGGAUGCCAGAUUUCUUCAAAGGCAUCCGGCGCCCAUGGAAGGGUGUGUUGAUGGUUGGACCUCCAGGUACAGGCAAGACCAUGCUGGCUAAAGCUGUAGCUACCGAGUGUGGUACCACUUUCUUCAACAUAUCAUCCUCCACACUUACCUCCAAGUACCGGGGAGAGUCAGAGAAACUUGUUCGGCUGCUCUUCGAAAUGGCUCGAUUUUAUGCCCCCACCACUAUAUUCAUUGAUGAAAUCGACUCUAUCUGCGGGAGACGUGGCACAUCAGAUGAACAUGAGGCAAGUCGCAGAGUGAAGUCUGAGCUUUUGGUGCAGAUGGAUGGUGUAGGAGGUGCGACAGAAAAUGAUGACCCCUCUAAAAUGGUGAUGGUUCUGGCUGCAACAAACUUUCCAUGGGACAUAGACGAAGCCCUGAGGAGGAGGCUGGAAAAGAGGAUCUAUAUUCCUCUGCCCACUGUAAAAGGGCGAGCGGAUCUGCUCAGGAUUAGCCUGAGGGAGGUGGAUGUGUCUCCUGAUGUUGACUUGGACAUCAUUGCUGAGAAGAUGGAGGACUACUCUGGGGCUGACAUAACCAACAUUUGCAGAGAUGCGUCCAUGAUGGCAAUGCGUCGGAGGAUUCAAGGCUUAAGCCCGGAGGAGAUUCGAGCGCUGUCCAAAGACGAUCUGCAGAUGCCGGUCACUAUGGAGGACUUUGAAAUCGCACUCAAGAAGAUCUCCAAGUCUGUUUCUGCUGGCGACCUGAAAAAAUAUGAGGCCUGGAUGAGUGAAUUUGGCUCUGUUUAAUUAGAAAGACUGCACAACAAGAAAGAAAGGAAUCACUAUCUGAGACUUCUUGUUUUUCAUACACAGAAAGCUAAAAUUCUAUACACUCUCCAACAAAGUCUGUAUACUGCACCAAGUAGAGCAACACUGAUGCUGGGUUGUGGUGUUUUGGGGCACCUUCAAUUCUUAAAGAUGCACUAUUGCCCAGUCUGCUGUAAAAGUUGAGCCAAUUUUAUGUAUAACAUGUGAAGUUUCUAACUUACAUGAUUCCGUUGUAACUGAGUCGUCCUUUGCUUUCUUUGUCGUUAACUUAAUCUUUCAUUUAGAUCAAGUAGACAAUGUAAAGCAUUUGGUACUAUUGUUUGUGCUGUUUUCUUUGUGACUUUAAUAACUGUUAUAAUACAUUGUGUACUUUUACAAUAAAUUGUUUCCUUUAUUGUGUACUUCUAA